AUGUCUACAUUUACGAUUUCUGGAACGCCUAUCGUACUUUGGUGUUGGGUUCGUGGAAGAAGUUAUCAAAGAGAGGAAAAAAAUGAUUUUGCUAAAGUUGACGCCGAUAGACUUAAGCUGUUGAAGCUUAAGAACCCUGUUGGUGACGGACAUAUUUCCGAUAUUCAAAACUUCACAUUUCAAGAUAACGCAACAGAAGAAUUGAGAGCACAAUUGGAGGCGCUUAAACUUGGUCGUGAACUUGAAGGAGCACUUUUUCAAUCAGAUUUACCUUUAGAGUCGGAAAUUAAACGGAUAAAGCGCGAAAAAGAAUACAGGGAAACUGUUAAUAUUGGCCUUAAAGCGAAACCCCCUUCGUCUGGUGCCAAGCCUUCUACCUUUUUCACGACUCAAAUAAAUAACCCAAUCCUUAAUGGUCGACCGCUUGAACUUACUGGUCCUCCUAUUAGUAUUUACAAUAGAAACUUUACACAAUUCCUUGAAGAUUUUAAUAAUAUAGAACUGGAAGUACCUCAUGAAAUUUUGGAGUGGGUCAUGGAUAUUAUUUCCGCAUCAGCAGACAGAUAUUUAAACGAAGAUGGACGUAUGAAGAAAAUGAGAGAGAUACUUUCGAAAAAAUUUGGCACCAUAGCAUUGACUAGUUACGGGAAAGGUUUCCAGUGCGAUGGAUUACUUACGGCUAAAGUAGGCCUUCUUGAUGCUUAUAUUGGGAUAAUCGAAGGAAAGAAUGAGAUUGGAUCAGGUGGAACUGAUCCUAGUCUUCAAGGAUCAAUUUAUUACCGAGAUUACUGGUCUCAGACAGUAGUUGAACAAAUUCGAGAUUGCUGUUGCGUACCAUCCUUCAUUAUCACCAUUGCCGGACCAUGGAUUUGUAUACUCGGAGGAAUCUUCCUUAACAGGGUAGUGGUCCAGCCACUAACAGAUAUCAUUCCUCUUACAAUCAACGUACUAAAUGAUGACCAAAUGAAUCGGAUCGCACGCCUUUUUCAGGCGUUACGACUUGCUUUAGUACGACUCGGCAAUUUUUACAAUAAUUUAGACUUAACUCUACUUAGACAGGUAGAACAGAGGUAUUUUCCCUAUCUUCGAAGUUUUAAAUUAGAUAAUAAAAAUGUAAAUUUUAUCUACAUCAAAGAGCUGGAAGAUGAUCACACAAGAAAUAUCUGGAAAGCUAGAACAAUGAAUAUGGAGAAUAAUUAUGAUAUUGUCGUGAAAUUUGUGAAAAAUUACAAUAUGACAGCACAUAAUAUCUGCAGUGGAAGGGGUUAUGCCCCGAAACUAUUAUACCAAAGCUCUAAAAAUGAAUUCCUAGCUCUUGGAAAAUAUAGGAUGAUUAUUAUGGAAUUUGUUGGUAUCUCGCUGGAUAGGAAACUUAAUCAACGCGAGAUUAGAUCUAAUAAUAUUAUUUAUGACGAUGUUAAGUUUGCAAUAGAAUUGUUACAUUCAAAUAACUAUGUGUUUGCGGAUCUCCGUCUUCCAAACAUUCUAGUGUAUGAUGAAAAUGAAAUACAACGAGCAAUGCUCAUAUAUUUUGAUUGGUGUGGAAAGCAUGGAGUGGAUAAGUAUCCGUCAUCAUUGAAUAUUUCAAUAUAG